AUGCGCAACAGUCGCAGCCGCAGCCCUACGCUCGUGAUUGCUGAGGCCGAAGCAGUCCGCGCCGCCUGCGAGUUCUCGAUUGACAUUUAUCGAAAACUGCAUCAGCGCAAGUUCAAGUCUCUCCAUGAAGAACUUGACUUCCUGCGAAAGGACUUUGUGGCCUCGCGCAAGACACUUGCCUUGCUUCACAAAGACAACAUCCGCCUCGAGCAGGAGCUCAUGUCGCGGGUGGUCGAGAUAGACGAGCUGCGGAGGAAGCUGGAAGAUGCGCAACGAGAGGCGGAGCAGCAAACGCCGAGUCAGCGCGAGCGGGGCUGCGGCAGCGGCUCUGAGAAAGGGGACCUUGUGGACUGCAGACGAUGCGGGGCGUCAAGUCUCUGGGCUGAUGCGGACGAUAUGGGGGAGGUGCGCAUGAACACCGCAUCUGAGGGUGGCAAGGGUGACCGGCAGCAGCAGCAGCCCAGAGACGCAGAGAAGGAAGUAUCAGCGACGAAGGAGCCUUCACGGGCAUCUACCCUACGCACCAGCCUCCCUCUUUACGCGGCGAGUAGGCAACGGAAAAGUGGCACUGCCGCCGUCAGCGGUGCGUCAGCGCGAGACCUCAAUGAUGCCAAUCCCCAGCAGCUCAUUUGCGAUCUUCGCGCCAAUCUGGCGCGUCGUGACACCGCGCUGAAUGAGGUGCAGAUGGAGCUCGGCGCACUCCAGCACAUCCGCCAGCGACUGGAGGCGGAGGGGCAUCGACUGCAGGACGAACUUUCGGAGGUAAAAAAGCAGCGAGAUGCGCUGCAGGCCCAGCUGACAGCGCAGGAGGAACUGCACACAGCAACAGUCGCGCAAGUCAAGGGCUUCGAAGUACAGGUACAGCAGCUUACGAAAGAAAAGGAAGACGUGCAGCGUCGACUUACGACAGCGGAGCUGCUCUACGAGUACACCGGUUCUAUGAGUGACGGUAAAACUUCUGGUGCUGCCUCUGGCAUUGGUGGCGGCUAUGCGCAUGCGCAGGAGGAGGCGCUGCGAGAGCAGCUGCAGCUGUACCGGUCGAAGUGGCAGGCCGCAGAAGACCAGAUGGAGCACCUGCACGAGCGGAUCUCCCAGCUGCAGCGUCAGCUCGCCAUUGGCCGCGCAGACGACGGGGUGACAGCGGGGCCGCUGAAGCCGGCAGCGAGCGAGCUGUGCGAUGCCGUCCAGGCUGUUGUCCAGGAAGCGAAGUACACUGCUGAUAUGGCGGCGCUUCGCCGGCAGCACCACGAGCAGCUGCAGCUGCACAUUGAAGAGGCUCAGCGACUGCAGCGGCGACUUGAGCGAGCUCAGGAGAACGCCUCCUUUCAUGAAGACCAGCUGCGUCAGCAGCGACAAGACGAUGCACGGCAGCACCACAGUGAGGUGCAGGCGCUACAGGCACAGCUCCGCACGGCGCAAGGUGAACUUGUGAAAGCCCAGGAAGACCGUGAGCAUCUCGCGCGGCAGCUGCGCCGUUCAACGGAGCAGCAAACCACCGUUGAAGUACUGCGCAGUCAAGUCGAACAACUGAAGCAGCGACUCGGUGAAGUGGGGGCGGAUCUGGCGCAGGUGCGCGGAAGAGAGAAGCAGCUAACCCUGCAGGCCCAGCGCGAGCGGCUGGAGCGCGCCAAGGCCGAACACGAUGCGGAGGCAGCGCAGGAGCUGCUGGAGCGUGAGAAGACGGAGGCGCAGUACCUGAGAGAAGAACUAAUAAUCACCCGCGAGCAGCUCGGCAUGCACGAGGCCACCGAGGUGUCAGGGACAGGCGCGACGCCAGCACCCCCGUCCCUCCCCUCCACAUGCGCACCCGACGCCACCGACGCAGGAGACCCGCAGCGCCGACGCAUCGCACGCACCAUCAGAGGCGCAGGGGAUGCAGAGGGUGACGCAGUAGCUCUCUCGUCAGAGUUGAAGGGCUACGUCGGUCUCAUGCGCCUGAACACGGCCUUGCAGCGGCGCAUUGCGGAGCUGGAAGCGCAAGCUCUGACUCGCCACGGCAGCGGCAGCAGCAAGGGUGAAAGCACGAACAGAAACGAAGGGGAGACGCAGCAAGCGCAGCCGACGGCUCCGGCAAGUGAGGAACUCGCAUUGUCGAAAACGCCACCAGGUGACCUCUCUUCACCUCCAGCACUGGAGCAGCAGCAGGCGGCGCACCUUCAAGAAGAGCUUGCCAAAGCCUUACAGAGUCAGCAUACCCUCAUGGCAACCUGUGCCGAAGCAGAAAAAGAGCGACGUCAGCUGAUCGAGGACAACCAGACGCUCGCUGACGGCCUCGAGCUGCUCGAGAGGCAGCUGCGUAAAUACCGAGCAAAGCGAGCGCGCAAAGCGAGCGCAAGGGACACUAGCAGCUCCCGAGCUGAGGCACCGCCUUCCGCGCUAACGGCAGGUGCGAAGUCGCGCAAACACGCCGACGUGGAGGAGGAGUUGCCGACAAACCCCUGUCGAUCCCAUGACACACAACCACGUGAAAGUCGCGUGCGCAGUCGCCUGCAGACGGCCCGCGCUCAAGACCACAACGUCACUGUGCACCAAAGCACCGAUGGGAAGGGGCAACAACCGCAGCCGCAGCAAGGGAAUGAGAGGGUGACAACAGAGCAGAACCUAUCCCCGGUGUGCACCGGCUGUCGAAGUAAUUCCGGCCGCCCUGCUGCAACUGCGCGCAUCACACGCUCAGCAUCGGCUACGCCCUUUGCGGUCGCGUGUGGUGUCGCCGGAACUGGGGUGGCGGAUUGCACUGGUGCUGGGUGCUGCCAUUCCCCACCGUGCACAGUGGGAUGGGUCGCUGAGAUCGACCAAGGGCCCAUGUUGUGGCUUCAGUCCCAGUUGUUCUUGUCGGCGUUGGCACCCUCUUCUCUUCCCCUCUCACCUUCGCAGUCUUCGCCACGUGAAACACACGGCGAUGAUACGGUGCCUCCGACUCCGGAGCAACGCACCAGCGCAAAUGCGGCGCAGCGGCAGAAGCAAAUCUCUCCGCCACCGCUUCACCCCUGUCGGUUCGUGCACGGGAGCAUCUUACCUCCGGUGUACUACCCCUCUCUUGUGGAACGCAGCCGUGACUAG